UCAAUUACCACAAAUGAGUAACCGGUCAAGCCGACGAUUUAGCCUGCUCUCAAAUCUUCACUUGCUAUUUCCUUAUUAAUAAUUGGCACAAUUAAUCAUUCACAAAUCAAACACAAAUUAAAACCAAGCAAAUAUGUGGAGUCAAGGAAUCAAACACGUUGCCAUUUUCACAAUUUUCCUCUUUCAUCAUGUCAGGCCUUACCCUGUGAUUGAAGCACCGCCAAUUCCUGAAGAUAAAGCACUAUUACCAGGCUGGUUCGAAGCCAAUGUUAAGCCUGGUAAUACUAGGAAGACAAGUCUUGACCCUGAACUUGCUGCGGCUGAGGGCGGAGCUCGUGUAAUCAAGGUUGGGUUAGAUGGAAGUGGCGAAUUUAAAACUAUAACCGAUGCACUUAACAGCAUACCGGCGGGGAACACAAAACGUGUCAUUUUAUGGAUUGGACCAGGAGAAUAUAAGGAGAAGAUCAAGAUUGAUCGAAGCAAAAAGUUUGUGACGCUCUAUGGAUCGCCUAAUGCUAUGCCUACUUUGACAUUUGAUGGAACUGCAGCCAAAUAUGGAACAGUUGACAGUGCCACCUUGGUUACGGAGUCUGAUUACUUCAUGGCUGCUAAUAUUAUAAUAAAGAAUUCUGCACCGCCACCGGACGGGAAAAGAGUUGGAGCUCAGGCGGUUGCAUUGAGGGUCUCUGGAGACAAAGCAGCCUUAUAUAACUGCAAAAUAUUUGGUUUCCAGGAUACCUUGUGUGAUGACAGGGGCAACCAUUUCUUCAAGGAUUGCUACGUUGAAGGCACUGUUGAUUUCAUUUUUGGAUCAGGGAAGUCAAUGUAUUUGAACACGGAGUUACAUGUGUUGGGGGAUGGUAAGGAUCAGUUUGCAGCAAUAACUGCGCAUGCUCGGGAGAGUGAAAAAGAGGACACAGGAUACUCAUUCGUGCAUUGUUCCAUAACUGGGGAGGGGAGCACAUACUUGGGCAGAGCCUGGAAAACUAGACCAAGAGUUAUUUAUGCUUUCACUGACAUGGGCAAGGUUGUCCAUCCAACUGGAUGGACCAACAAUUCCCACCCCGAGCGCGAAAAGAGUGUUUUCUAUGGAGAAUACAAGUGUUCAGGACCAGGGGCAACUCCAGAAAGUAGGGCUCAAUUCACCAGACAGCUAACUAGAGAUGAGGUUCUACCCUUCAUCAACCUUGGCUAUAUUCAAGGAGCUCGAUGGUUACUUCCUCCUCCCAAACUAUAAAGUCAAGCCUCUUCUUAAUUAAUAAAGCUACUUGUACACCUUAUUAAAGUAGCAUUAGAGCUUGUGCAAAUUGUUAGAGAAGCUUUACUUUAGCUUUGUACAAGUAGCCAAAGCCUACACAUAUUUCCAGUUUAUGGAAUUAGGGAUUUUAAAGGAAUGUUCAUCACUUGUAGUAAUUGA